GUGACAAAAUUGCAGUGGAACGGGGUGGCGUAGCGGAUUGCGCCCGAUCCCGUUUUAACAUUUUUCACACACAACGAGCUUGAUCCGUGACUUAUUUGUGUAAAAUAAUUAUAAGUCGAUAGUGAUAAGUGUUUCGGUAGCGCCCUACACCGCGAUGGACGCUGCGUAAGCUGUGAAAUUGUGCCUAACAAGUUGUUCGUCGUAUGUUGUCUAAUGGCGUCCAGAACAGAAUAAAAUCAAAAUGUUUGUGUGAAAACGUGAAUUAAUCUGAAGAAGGUGCUGUGAUGUGUUUAGUUGCUGCGAGCAGUGGCGCGUGGGUAGCGCGGUGAUGGCGGUGGCGGGCGCCCCAUGAGCCGGCUGCUGUGCUGCCUGCGUGAGCGCCGAGCCGACAUGGGCGCCGCGCUCUCGCAUCCUCAGGAGGGCGAGGCGUGCGACGGCGCCGGCGUGGCGGCCGCGCCUCCCACCAUGGCAGAUGUCAUACGAGAGAGGAAGAAGAAGGCUGCGGGCUCCGGUCUCGGCACGCUGCGGCGUCGUAUCGCGCUCGUACGUCGUCCGCGAGAAAACCGACCCGAUAGAGGUUGCGAGCACGCGCGUUUCAUUCGCUCGGUAGUCAGUUCCUGGCGGCUGGCGGAAGUGUUCCUGCUGUGCGAGGAGUUGGAGGCCGGGGCUGCUCUCCGUGACCUGGUCACCCAGGCCGAGCUCGCAAGGGAACCGGCCGCCGCGCUGCAUGCUGACCUGGCACACGCGUACAGAGACAGAUGGUGGUGCGACGUGGAGCUGGUGGGCGUGGGCUGGUGUAUAGCGGCGCACCGAGCCAUACUGUCCGCGCGCUGCACCUACUUCAGGGACCUACUGCAACGAUAUCCGCCGUCGUGUUGCCGGGUGCCACUAGAGGGCGCUGGUGCUGCGUUAUCCCGCGAGGAGAUGGAGGCCGCCGUGCUAGCGCUGUACGCUGGACCUCAGCCUUCUAGGGGACCCUGCGCCGCUUGCGCCAAGUGGGACCGCGCAGGUCCCGCGGACGGAGACCUGGACAUCAUCAACGGAGACAAUACUGGCACGUGGCGCAGUGUGGGCGGGGGCGCGUGCGGGUGCGGGCGCGGGGGCGCGGGCGGGGGCGCGGAGCCCGCUCUGCUGCGCCGCCUCGCGUCGCUGCUGGGCUUCUCGCCCGACGCCUUGCACCACGACAUGAGAUACCUGCUCGACUCCGGCGAGCUGGCGGACACGCGGCUCGUGUUCCGCCUGGAGACAGGUUGUGGCGCCGCCUACGGGUUCCGCACCGCGCUGGAGCUGCCCUGCCACCGGCUACUGCUGGCGGCCAGGUCCAGGUUCUUCAGGAGCGUCAUGUCCCGGCGCGGCUCGGCCGGUGGGGGCGCGGGCGCGGGUGGGGGCGCGGGCGGGGGCGCGGUGGGUGCGUGGUGCGUGGACGAGAAGGUGCUGCCGCGCAGGUUCGCGCGCGCAUUACUGCACGCUGCCUAUACUGACACUGGAGUAUAG